AGUUUUUAAACGAAAGUUGUAUUUUCUUGUGCUGUACACGUUUCGUGUCGAAAAAAGGGACUUAAAAAAUGCGUUACGUGGCUGCAUACUUGUUGGCUGUUCUUGGCGGUUCCGAAAACUCCAAAAAUGCCGAUAUCGAGAAAAUCCUCAGCUCGGUCGGUAUUGAAGUUGACUCCGAACGCCUCACCAAGGUUGUCAAGAAAUUGAACGGCAAGUCCGUUGAAGAAUUGAUUGCCCAAGGUCGCGAGAAACUCUCGUCCAUGCCUGCUAGUGGUGCCGCUGCUGCUGCAGCUGCUCCAGCUGGUGGUGCUGCUGAUGCUCGCAGUCGCUUCGAAUAAGCUAUUAAUUCUUUUUAACGGGGUCCACUGGCAAUCGCUAGUACAACAAAAAACGUGCAAAAACUUCUGGGUUACUGCUCAAGCUUCGGUCAACAACGUCAGCAUGGGAGGGUUUAAAAUGAAUGUAGAUUUCCUUGUAGAAAGCACAAUUGUGUUUUUUGUAAGGAUAAUUACAAACUGACAACC